GCAGCAGCAGUAGCGGCAACAGCAGCGGCAAACGUAUCGUUGAAGUAUCCCGGAUUGGAAAGUCCGCGAGAGUCGUCGCAGUAGGAUUUUCACUUGGCGAGUGAAAGACUAAAGAGUUUAGUAGAAGAGUCGGUGAAUCAAAGUUACUAAAGAGGGGGAGCGUGCGAGGUGCACGAGUGCCAGGAUGAACGGGAUGUUGAAGCUUUCGAGCUUCGUCGCCAAGGGCCUGCCGACGACGACGCUAAAUAAAUUAGGCCUACCUAUAAUAACUCAGCGCUCUCUGCACUACACACCGGAUAACAAAACGACAAAGUAUUGUGAUGGAAUUUCAGCAAAUUAUCCAUUAGUCGAUCACACGUACGACGCGGUGGUAGUCGGAGCUGGUGGUGCUGGUCUUCGAGCUGCUUAUGGUCUUGUCGAGGAAGGUUUUAAAACUGCGGUUAUUACCAAGCUAUUCCCAACGAGAUCUCACACCGUUGCCGCUCAAGGAGGUAUUAAUGCUGCCCUUGGAAACAUGGAAGAGGAUAAAUGGCAGUGGCACAUGUACGACACUGUUAAGGGAUCGGAUUGGCUUGGCGAUCAAGAUGCUAUUCAUUAUAUGACGAGAGAGGCCCCGAAAGCUGUCAUUGAAUUAGAAAACUGUGGCAUGCCCUUCAGUCGAACCGAAGAGGGUAAAAUUUAUCAGCGCGCCUUCGGUGGCCAGUCGCUCAAGUUCGGCAAGGGCGGACAGGCCCAUCGGUGCUGUUGCGUCGCCGACCGGACGGGCCACGCCAUCCUCCACACCCUCUACGGGCAGUCGCUGAGCUUCGACUGCAACUACUUCGUCGAGUACUUUGCCCUCGAUCUGCUGAUGGAGGACGGCGAGUGCCGCGGUGUAAUAGCCAUUAGCCUCGAGGACGGCACUCUGCAUCGCUUCCGGGCGAAGAACACGGUACUGGCGACCGGCGGCUACGGACGGGCCUACUUCUCGUGCACGUCGGCUCACACCUGCACCGGUGACGGCACGGCCAUGGUCUCGCGAGCCAACCUAGCCAACCAGGAUCUCGAAUUCGUGCAGUUCCAUCCAACGGGUAUUUACGGAGCUGGCUGUCUCAUAACCGAGGGUAGCCGAGGAGAAGGUGGUUACCUAGUGAAUAGCGAAGGGGAACGAUUUAUGGAACGUUAUGCACCAGUGGCAAAGGAUCUUGCAUCCCGAGACGUAGUCUCGAGGUCAAUGACCAUUGAAAUUCGAGAAGGACGAGGUGUUGGCGCCGAUAAAGAUCAUAUUUACCUACAGCUGCAUCAUUUACCCCCUGAGCAAUUAGCCGCCAGACUUCCGGGCAUUUCAGAAACUGCAAUGAUUUUCGCCGGGGUGGAUGUUACACGCGAGUCCAUUCCCGUAUUACCCACCGUCCAUUACAAUAUGGGUGGCGUACCCACGAAUUACCGUGGCCAGGUUCUCACGAGGAAGGAUGACGCGGAUGUGGUGGUGCCCGGUUUGUACGCCUGCGGCGAGUCCGGCUGCGCGUCUGUCCACGGUGCCAAUCGACUUGGUGCCAACUCCCUCCUGGACUUGGUAGUGUUCGGCCGAGCGUGCGCCAAGACCAUUUCCGAGGAGAACAAACCCGGCGAGACCAUCGGCGAGCUGAAGCAGAAUUCCGGGGAAGCGACGGUGGCGAAUCUCGAUCAAAUAAGGUAUAGGAAAGGCUGUGUACCAACAGCCCAAUUAAGAUUGGAAAUGCAAAAGACGAUGCAAAGUCACGCCGCGGUAUUCAGACAGGCCGAUGUUUUACAAGAAGGUUGCCGACGGAUGCUUGCGCUCUACAAAAACAUAAACGACCUGAAAAUCACGGAUAAAUCGCUCAUCUGGAACUCGGACCUGAUCGAGACCUUCGAGUUGCAAAAUUUAAUGCUCAACGCCUUGCAGACGAUUUUCGCGGCCGAAAAUCGCAAGGAGAGCCGUGGCGCCCAUGCGCGCGAAGAUUUCAAGAAUCGAGUGGACGAAUACGAUUACAGUAAGCCCCUGGAAUCCCAAGAGCCCAAACCUCUGGACCAGCAUUGGCGAAAACACACCCUCACGAACAUCAAUCACGAAACUGGAGAGGUGACAAUCAAUUACAGGCCCGUCAUCGACAAGACACUCGAUGACAAUGAAUGCAGCACCGUACCACCCGCCAUUCGUUCCUAUUAAAUUACAUAAUCCGGCUAU